UGCACUGCGUCAUGCCAUCUCUAUCCAUCCAUAUCCUCUCGCUAUUUUAGACCCCAACUAUUCCAUACUUCCACCACACAACACAGCUAACUAGCUCACAUGGAAUCCCAAGAUGAACUUACCCAACCUUUGCUAGAAAAUUCAACGCCACCACCAGAUUCUCGUCUGGAAGAGGUUCUAUCAGACACAAACCUGCCAUGCUCCAAACGCCUCCUAUCAGCCACAUGGAUCGAACUCAAACUCCUCUUCCCCCUCGCUGCACCAGCCAUCGUCGUCUACGUCAUCAACGGCCUCAUGUCCAACGUUACUCGAGCCUUUGCCGGCCACCUCGGCAAUCUCCAACUCGCUGCUGCCAACCUUGGCAAUAGCGGGAUUCAGCUCUUCGCCUUUGGCCUAAUGUUGGGCAUGGGAAGUGCAGUGGAAACCUUAUGUGGCCAAGCGUACGGUGCUAACAAAUACGAAAUGUUAGGAAUAUACAUGCAGAGAGCUAUUAUCGUUCUCACUGUAACUGGAAUUCCCUUAACCCUGGUUUACAUAUUUUGUAAACCGCUCCUGCUCUUGCUGGGUGAGCCACCUGAGCUGGCAUCAGUUGCGGCGGUAUUCGUGUACGGUUUGAUCCCGCAGAUAUACGCUUACGCGGUGAACUUCCCCAUACAGAAGUUUCUCCAAUCCCAAAGCGUGGUGGCACCCAGCACUUACAUCUCCGUGGUCACGCUGCUGUUGCAUUUCGUGCUGAGUUGGGUGGUGGUCUACAAGUUGGGGUUUGGGCUCAUUGGGUCGUCUUUGACGCUGAGUUUGUCUUGGUGGAUCAUUGUGGUGGCCCAGAUCUUGUACAUACUUAAUGCCCCAAAGUUUAAGCAUACGUGGAAUGGGUUCAGCGUUGAGGCCUUCUCUGGGCUCUGGGAUUUUGUGAAACUAUCGGCUGCCUCGGCGGUGAUGCUGUGUUUGGAGACGUGGUAUUUUCAGGUGCUGGUGCUCAUCACUGGCCUCCUUGAUAACCCUCAGCUAUCUCUUGAUGCCAUCUCUGUUUGCAUGGCAAUAGCAGGAUUGAUGCUGCAUAUUGGAAUUGGAUUUAACGCAGCUGCAAGUGUGCGGGUGAGCAACGAGUUGGGGGCUGGACAUCCGAAAUCAGCAGCAUUUUCAGUAAUUGUGGUGAAUAUGGUUUCUUUGAUAAUUGCGGUGAUAGAAGCAAUGGUGGUCCUUUCACUUCGUCAUGUUCUGAGCUAUGCAUUCACAGAUGGUGAAACUGUGGCUAAUGCUGUCUCGGAUCUCUGUCCCUACUUGGCCAUCACUCUCAUUCUCAAUGGCAUCCAACCCGUACUCUCUGGAGUGGCCGUUGGAUGUGGAUGGCAAUCCCUUGUAGCCUAUAUAAAUGUGGGCUGUUAUUAUGGGGUUGGAGUUCCUGUCGGUUGUGUCUUGGGCUUCAAGUUCAACCUAGGCGUCCAGGGAAUAUGGUCUGGCAUGAUCGGCGGAACAAUGUUGCAGACCCUCAUUUUAUCAUGGAUCACACUUCGCACCGAUUGGAAUAAAGAGGUGAAUAAAACAAAGAAACGACUGGACAAGUGGGAGAACAAGGAGUAGCCUCAAGUCCAAAGUUGAAAUGGUUCACAAUGAUGAUGAAUGGAAAUUUGAAGAGGAAGCUAAUGUUGAUGAAAAGAUCGAUUAUUGAGUUUGAGCAGCCUUAAUGGGAUGGUAAUAAUGUUGAAUUAGUUGGAUGAAGUUUAAGUAAUCGAAUUUCAAAUGCAUUUGAUAUUUGAUAAUUUAUUUUUUAUGCCAAAAUAGAGGAAGAGCUUGAUUGUGAUAUUGGAGAUGAUGUUAUUAGAGGUUUGAAGAUGAUGUUAUCGGAGAUUUGGAGAAAUUAAUUAUUUUAAAAAUGUUUUUCAUUUUAAGAAUUUUUUUUUUUAUGAUUUAGUGUAAUUUGAUCUUAUUUAGAACUUGAUUGUGAUAUUGGAGAUGAUAUUAUUAGAGGAUUGAAGAUUUGGAGAAAUUAGUUAUUUUUAAAAUGUUUUUAUUUAAAGAUUUUUUUUAA